GCUCACAACACCACCAGCAUGUUUUCUUGAUGGCCCGACUAUCACCAAAAUCUUGGAUACAGAGAGAGUCGAUUUGUCGGCGAAGAGGACUUGGCUGAGACAAUGGGACCGGAUACACCUCUACCUCUUCCAGCCGAAUUCACAAACACCGACGAAUACGUCGAGUCACUGCUCGAAUUUGCAACUUCCUCAUGGCUGCUCCAGACUCUAUGCGGCGGUGUCCACAUUUUGGACUUUUACACAAGGUCACCUGAUCUGUACUCGCACAUCUUGCCUCAAUCAUGGAGGGAUUGGUUCAAGACACGCGACAUCAUGGACAUUUUGGAUUUGCUCAUGAGAGAGGACCUCAGCCAGUUUGAUGUGAAGCAACCAGGAGUCUCUGAAGAUUGGCGAGAUGGACCAUCACCGCCACAGGAGCUGCUAGAUUACAUCAAAACGGUCCGGAAACACUUGCUGGCACGCGACUUUCCUCCACCCAGCUCAAACAUCACAGCUGGGAAGCCUGCGAUACCACGCCAUAUUGCCAUGGGAAUGAAAGUCAAGAAGGUGCACGAGGUCGAUAACUUUGCACGCUACAUUGAUAGGCUGACUGCUGAGAUUGCGGCCUCUAAGAAGAAACCCAUUACGCAUCUCGUAGAUUUUGGGUCCGGCCAGAACUACCUUGGACGUGCUCUCGCCGCAGCGCCCUAUUCCAAGCACAUUGUCGCAGUGGAAAGUAAGCAACACAACAUUGAGGGCGCCAAGAAUAUGGACAUGUUGGCAAAGCUGGUGCCUAAACCUGUUGUCAUGAGGAACAAGAAGGAGUAUAGGGCCAAAAUAGGCAAAGUCAAGAAAGGCAGGGAGAAUGUCAAUGGCUCCACUGUGUCGUCCGGCGCAGAUGCUCUGUCACAGGGAACAGAUGCACAAGCAGACUCACAGAUAAAUGAAAUCACGUCAAGCUCACCUACCGAACAUAAACCAAUAUACAAUGAAGGUCACGGUAGUGUCCAAUACGUUGAGCACAUCAUCAAAGAUGGCGACCUCACGCCAGUCAUCGAUCAGGUUCUGGAUACCACUCUGCCCAAACCUACUGAUGUGAACGCCAUGGUAAUCUCUCUUCAUUCAUGCGGUAACCUAGUGCAUUAUGGGCUGCGCUCCAUGAUGCUCAACGAUCACAUAUCAGCCGUAGCCAUGGUGGGCUGUUGCUACAACUUGCUCACUGAACGUCUUGGUCCGCCAACGUACAAGCUGCCUACACUGCGUGCGAACCAUCCGCGCCUGGAAUCCACAUCCAGUGCUUUCGACCCGAACGGCUUUCCAAUGUCAGAAAAGCUUGCAAAUCACCCACUUCCAUAUGCCCCUCUUGAUCCGCGCAGUGGCGAGACAGCUGAACAGCCCAAAGGGGUUCGACUCAACAUCACUGCCCGCAUGAUGGCCGUACAAGCACCGUUCAACUGGGGUCCUGUGGACUCAGACCUAUUUUUCACUCGUCACUUCUUUCGAGCACUGCUUCAGCGAAUCUUUCUCGACCGCGGCGUAGUCUCUGCGCCUUUACACGAUCAAGGUCUCACUGGCAGUGCCGUGUCAGCAAACGGUCACACGUCGCAGGUAAACUGGACACCGCCCAAUGGCCGUGGCCCUGGUCUAUCUUCAGACGGCACUACUACGCCUCUCACAAUUGGAACGCUGCGCAAGUUUGCCUACAGCGAUUUCGUCUCAUACGUUCGCGCCGCAAUAGCAAAACUUACGGCUGACAACUCAUUCUGUGAAAUCGAUCCCAACUUCAUCAAGGAGAAGAUGGAAGGUUUGACAGAUGACGAUAUUCGCGACUAUGAGAUUAGAUAUGCGGAGAGGAAGAAGGAGUUGAGUGUCAUGUGGAGUCUGAUGGCCUUCAGCGCUGGUGUGGUCGAGGCCGUCGUGGUCACGGAUCGGUAUCUGUGGCUAAAAGAGCAGGAAGAGGUUGAGCAUGCAUGGGUUGAGCCCGUUUUUGAAUAUAAGCAUAGUCCGCGCAACUUGGUGGUGGUAGGCCUCAAGAAAUAGAUGAUCAGCUGUUUUACUUGGCGAUGGUAAAGACAUCAGCUGCCAUCAUGUAGUUGGAGUAUGCAUCGGCCAGUAUUCUCACCCUUCAAUCAACAUUCAGGUAAUCC